AUGUUACCUACGGCAGCCCGCAAGUCUGAGCAGCACAGUUCGAUGCCCGGCUCGAUCGCCAGGGGCCUGGUGGUCCUGCAGAGCGUGGCCAGCAGGAACACCCAGUGCCCAGAACCAAAGCUGCCCCGAAAGCAGCGCCCCCUCAGCAAGCCCGCCCAGGCCGUCAGCCGCUACUACGGGAAGGAGCGAGAGCUCGAGCACAGCGUGCGCCCCAGUGGCUUCCAGUUGGAAAUGGAGGGACUUCACGAGGCCUUCCUCACGCGUCCCGACUGCCCGCAGCUCAGCACCAGGGCCACGCCUGUCUCGAACCGUGGUUCACCCACCCAGGUGGAUUUGGCCGCGGAGGUGCGCUUCAGCCUGGACAUGUGGGGGCCCACCCAGGACCUGCUCUUGGCCAGGCGGGGCUCGGACACGAGCCUGGACGGGCGCCUCCCUCUGUUCAGUAAGAGCGCCUGCGAGUUCAGUUAUUUGCGGAAGACGAGCGAUUCCCAGACUUUGAGUCCGGUCACCAGCAGCUCAGCCGCAUCCCAGAGCCACCCAAAAAAGAGGACGCCCUGGUACCUCUCGGUCAUUCGGGAGAAGAUCCAGCGCCUGUCCGAGCUGGAGAUGCAGGUUCAGAAGAAAGAGGAGUUGAUCUUGUUGCUCCAAGAGGAGAGGGAGGCCCUGAAGAAGCAGCUGAAAUCCCUCCUGAAAAGCAAAGCCAAAGAGACACCCGUGUCCCCAUUCAGGAGGGAGCGGCGCUUGGAGGUCCCGCUGAGGGCGAGCCGGCUGAGCAUCCUGAGGGCCCUCCGCAGGGACAGGGAGCAGGAGCUGCCGUGCGGCAAGCAGAUGCAGGAGAAGCGUGCAGCGGUGGAGAUGGGCAAGCAGCGGGAGCAGGGCAGCGGCGAGGAGGAGGAGGAGGAGGAGGAGGAGGGUCCAUCCAGGGAGCUGGAGGGGGCGGAGGACGCCAGGGUAAAGGGCGGUGUGGUCAAGACCGUGGUUGUGCAUGAGGUGGAAGAGGAGGAGAAGGAAGAGGAGGAGGAGGAGGAGGAGGAGGAGGAGAAAAGGGAGCUGCUGGAGGAGGAGGAAGAGGAGAUCGCCAGAAGGGUUUACUCCCUGGGCGAGUCAUUCGAGGAAGAGCUGAUGGCCCAGCUGGAGGAGUACGAGCAGGUGAUUCUGGAGUUCCAGUACGAGCUGGAGGUCACCAGGACCAGAUACUCCCUCGCCACAGGGACCAUUGCGUCUUUACAACAUCAAGUCGACAUCCAGGAAUCCCAGCUGCGAAGGAUGAGCACGGAGAACCAGAUGCUGCAGAAGGAGCUUCGAGAGCGGAAGCAGCAGCUGCAAGCCAUGACCGACAAGUUCUCCGGCCUCCGAGAGGAUAAGAAGCACCAGGAGAUGAUGGGGUGCAUCGAGAAGGACAACUUUUUCCUCCGGCAGCGCGUGUCGGAGCUGGAAGACGCGCUCCGCAAGCGGGACCAUGUCGUCUCUGAGCUGGACGCCAAGGCCAGCGAGCUGCAGGCCCAGGUGGAGCAGGACCAGAACCACCUGCAGAGGUGGAGGCGGCUGCAGGAGGAGCUGCAGAGCAAGAAGGAGAUGAUCGGGCAGGCGGAGCAGCAGGCCCGCGUGGCCCUGGAAAGCGCCCAGUCCAGGCUUGAGAGACUGAGGAACAAGAUCAUCCAGGCCACCUUCAGCAGCCCCGGGGUCAAGGCCUCGAACACUGAGAUCUCGGACAACGACAUCCUGGAAGCCCUGCAGAGGAUCAUCACGGAGAGAACUGACUACUACAACCAGCUGAAGCAGAAAGGUGUCCGAGUGCUCCCCCUGCACCAGUCCGAUACCUCCCUGCCCAGCAAGUCCAAGAAGGUGACCCCCAAGUAG